AUGGCAUCCAUAAAAUCACGGUUGCAUGGUUUGUCAGCACAGUUCUCAUGCACCGAGAUCUCACUUGGGUGUCAGCGAGCGAAGCGUAAAGUCAUUCGACAUCUCUCUCUCGUCCUCAAGAUGAACGCUAUGUUAGCAAAGGAUUUACUAAGCCUGGUGUGUGAGGUAUGUGAAGAUAAGAAUCUACGAGUGUCGCUCAGGUAUGCCUUAGGAGGAACCUUCGUAACGGCUCUCACAACAUUCGCCGGAUUUCUCGUGAUGGGCCCCGUGGGCUUCAUAGCAG